CCGGAUUCUUAGGACGGAGUUCUUAGCUUCGGUCAAAAACCGUUUUUUAGCUUUUAACUAAGAAAAGCUAAGAACUGGCUCUUAAAUAAGAGAUAUAAAAACCGGUUUUUAGCCAAAAAGUUUGAAAAAAAAACAAAACAAAAAAUGUCAAAUCAUGAGCUAAGAACCUCGAAUUAAGAACCCGUUUAUGAGAACCCGUUGAUUAUUGGGAGUUCUUAUCGUGGGGUUCUUAUCGGAAUAUAAGAAGCUGUUUCUUAAUUUUUAACUAAAAAAGUUAAGAACUAGCUCUUACAACUCUUAUUUAAAAACCGUUUCCAUUAUAACUUUUUAGUUAAAAGUUAUGCGACGGAUUCUUAUAUUGCUAAAAACCUCGGAUAAUCAUGCGCUCUGCUCUUAACACUCUCGCUCUAAUCUUCCUCUCGCUACCUCCACUUUACCAUAGUACUCUGCUUUUUUCUCUUACUCUCUCUGGCAAUGCAUGAUCUUCUAUCGGAUUAGAGAAGAAGAAGAAGAAUGCUGAAAGCUGUGGAUAGCUCAGGAGACGUUAAUGGUGGAUUUCGUCAAGUACAGAGCUUUUGCGGAGACAGCAGUAGCGAAGAGGAGUUAUCGGUUCUGCCAGUUCAUACGAAAGUGGUGGUGACCGGAAACAACCGUACGAAAUCGGUGCUUGUUGGUCUUCAAGGUGUUGUUAAAAAAGCUGUCGGCCUCGGUGGUUGGCAUUGGCUGGUGUUGACAAAUGGAAUAGAAGUAAAGUUGCAGAGGAAUGCGCUUAGUGUCCUUGAAGCUCCUACUGGUAACGAAGAUGACGAUGAUCUUGAUUUCGAACACACACACAUGAAUGGUUCUGAUAUGAUUGUUUCUUUCCCAGCAUCUGAAGACACACUGAAGCCUCAUAAGGUGAAGCAAAGAGGUCAGAGAUCAUCUCGGUCAUCUCACAAGUCCCUGAGCAGGUCUCUGUCAUCUGACUCCCAAUCUAAAAGCUCAUGUUUUACUCCCCCUCAAAACAUGAAAGUUGAUCUUAGCAAACUAGAAAUGCCUGCUUUGCUGAAAUACUGGCGACAUUUCAACCUCGUGGAUGCGAUUCCUAAUCCAUCAAAAGAGCAACUAGUUGACAUUGUUCAGAGACACUUUAUUUCUCAGCAAAUGGACGAGCUGCAAGUUAUUGUGGGGUUUGUCCAAGCUGCAAAGAGAAUGAAGAAAGCGAGCAAGUUCCAGUCAAAAGAAGCCAAAAACACUGAUCUUAACUGCAUCAGCUAAAAAGAAAAGCCAUUACUUUAUAACAGGUCCUGUAAUUACAGUAGUGCCGACUUGUUUAACCAUUUGUGGCUUGCUGCUAGUUUUAGUUCUUUAUGGAGAUGUUUGGCUAAGGAGUAGAAUGUUGUUUUCUUCUUGCUUCUGUUGUUUAGCCAUGUAACCACUGACUCUUUUCAAUUGAAACUUUUUUUCAAUUGAAACUAUAUGUUCUGAUCCACCA